CUCCUUGACUCAGCCACCAACCAUGGCACCCUAACCAUUCAAUCCUCUCACCAACAACUUCAUCAUUCUCCACCCAUUUCCAUUUUCUCUCACUCUCUAACAUACACUACUGCAAACACAGUAUUACACUUCACUCACAGUCACUGUGCGUGUACCGCUACUCCCACUUGCAUAAAUCACACAGUAGCAACCCCAACAGUACAUGAUCCACGCCACACCAUGGCUUCCGCCUGCGUCAACAACAUGGGACUCGUCCCGCCGCCCGAGAACUUCUCCUAUGGCAGCUGGCUCAGUCCCCGUCUCUCAUUCAGCAAAGAGGAACCUUCUGGAUCCAAGUCAUCAGACCCGAUCCACGACCCGGAUCCAGAACCCGACUUUGAGUUCCGCGGUCUCGACGGACCCCCCGCUGCGAUGCUCUCCGCCGACCAGCUCUUCUCCGAUGGGAAGCUCGUACCCCUCAACCUACCAUCCCUAAACAGCACCACCACUACCAACCACAAAAACAACCCCUCCUCAUCGCCGGAAACAACCAACCUUCGCCGGAGACUCGAUUCCUCCUCCUACUCCGCGGCCGGCGACUCACUCACCGGCGCGGACCCUUACCUCUUCUCUCCUAAAGCCCCGAGAUGCUCUAGCCGCUGGAGGGAGCUCCUCGGCCUCAAGAAGCUCUACCAAAGCACAACCGUUUCAUCUAAAGCGACGACGUCGUCGUCUUCGUCGUCUUCGUCAUCUAAAUCAUUGAAACUCUUCCUCCACCGUGGCGCCGCCUCGAAACCGACGUCGUUUUCCUCCGAAAACGCGCCGUUGCUGACGAAGGACCAUUCAGAUUGUGAAUCCCUCUCAAUCUCUUCCUCACGCCUCUCUCUAUCAUCCUCUUCCUCGGGCCACGAGCACGAAGAGCUUCCACGACUCUCAUUAGACUCCGAAAAACCAAACCCUAACACAAACCCGAACCCGAUCUCGCUCCACCGCAACCCAAACCACCCACGGAUCCGGCUCGUAAAGCCCCGGGCGAACUCAUUCGACGCGAAACCGGGAUCUUCGGACCCGCACACGACGAACCGGGUGGGGCGGAGCCCGAUCCGAAGAUCAGAAUCGGGUCCCGGAGCUUGCAGUAGGGGCGUGUCGGUGGACAGCCCGCGGAUGAACUCUUCUGGCAAGAUCGUGUUCCAGAGCUUGGAACGGAGCUCAAGCAGCCCAAGCAGCUUCAACAAUGGCGGCCCAAGGUUCAAGCAGAGGGGAAUGGAGCGGUCCUACUCCUCCAACGUUAGGGUCACUCCAGUUCUCAACGUUCCGGUCUGUUCUCUCCGUGGCAGUUCGAAAUCCGGUUCGGUUUUCGGGUUCGGGCAGCUUUUCGGUUCACCACAGAAGAAGGAAGGUGGUUCAGUUGGCAAUAAUAAUGUUGGAGGAGGGAGUAAGGGUAGGAACCGUUGCGAUCGAAAUUGAGUCAAAUGACACAAGAAAAAAAAGUAAAUGAAAAGAGAGGGUAACAGUUGCUUAGGGUUUAAUUUUUAUUUUUGAUCCUUUUUUCUGGUCCUUUUUUUGUUACUUCUACUAAUUAAUCUGUGUUGUUUUUUUGGUUCUUCUAAUGUUUGGAAUGGAGAUAUUGCAGGGUAUUGGUGAUUGAUUCGGAGAGGGGGAAGGGACUAGUUGCUUUUUUUUUGGUUGUUUUUAAUUAACAGGAGCCUUAGAUUCAUGUAAAUAAUGGUCAAUUUUAGAUGAUGCUGAUAAUUAUGAUGAUGUUUUUCCUGUUUAUGUUUCUAACUUUGUUGAGAUUUUUCCAGUGCAAUUCUAUGGCUGCUGCUUGUAAUUUUUUCUGACCAGGAACACAUGGAAUGGAAUCUACAAAUUCUCUUUCGCUCUUUCUUUUUACUAAAUGUGAAUUUUUAUUUAUUUUCUUUUUAAAAAAUUCAAGAUCUGUAGACUGUAGUAGUACACAGUAGUAGCAUCAUGUUGUGCUUAUCUAGUCUGUCCGCAUCUAAGUUUUUUUUUUUACAGUUUUUAAUUGAUCUUUUUCCUUUUAAACAUUUUUCUUCCUUUAGUUGUUUUUAGUGUGUGAAGUUUUGGGAAAUGAUGCUAAGAUUCAAACAAAGGCGCCAGCUCUGCUGAAUUAUUUUAUUGCACGUCAGUCUGAUCCCAAACCUUCAUGUCUACUACUAUUUUAUUUUUUUUACAGUGUUUGCAUUCAAACUCGAUUAUUUACGUAUGCUAAAUGACAAAUAUUAUAUAUAUAUAUAUUGGGAUUUUAUUUUAGUGGUAGAAUUUACUCACUGGGCUGAGUGGUCGGUGGUCCACACAUGAGCUGAGUGUGUGACCUUGAUGGAAGAUUCAAUUGAGGUGGGUCAAGUUUCUUUACUUUUAAUCAAAAUGUGUACUUUGAUUGGGGACAUGGUAUAAGUUCCCAGAAGGGAUUACCAUCCUUCAAUGAAUAAUUUAACAUGAUCUCACCAUUAAGUUUA